AUGCCUUAUGAUGAGCCUUACGAGCCUGCAGAACCUUAUAAACCUCCAUCUAAUUUACCCAAUAUAAAUUGCCCUUUAAGAUGGCUAUCCGUCGGAGAUAUCCCAUUAUAUCUAGGCUUGGUAUCUGCUAAAUAGAUUGGCUUAACAAUGCUGGAAUAUGGAAUCUGCCGUCGAGGCUUCGGAAAGCACAUAAUAUUAAAAAAUUGGCUUCAGUUUUCUGUAGGCAUUACAGCAUGAUGGCUGGUUGGUUAUGCAUUUGCAUUUGGCGACGCUUACCACAAUGAAUUUAUAGGCCGACGAUUCUUUGGUGGAGACGAAUGACUAACACAAAAAGAAAAAUAUCAUGGCUCCUGUGCUUCUUAUUUUGGAUUAUCUGGAAUUUUUGUAGUUUUUAUUAUAAAUGGUGCAAUAGUGGAAAAAGUAAGAUUUGUUGUAUACCCAAUUAUUUCCUUUUGCAUUAUGGCUUUUAUAUGGCCAGUUGUUGUAGCUUGAGAUUGAGGAGGAGGAGGAUGGCUUAUGAUUGAAUUUCAAGAAUUUGAAGCUGCUAUGGUAGAUUUUGGGGGAACUAUACAAAUAUUUUUAGUAGCUGGUGGUUUUGGGCUUAUGGGAGCUGUUAUUUCAGGAAGAAGGGCUGGAAAAUAUGAAAAACUGACUGAGAAGUUUUUUUUUUUUUUAUUAAAAUAUAGCGUCUUCGUCUGGGCAUGGCCUCCCGGCCAUGCAGCCUCGAUUCAUAUUUUAAUUUUAUCCGGCAAGGUUUUACCAUUCUAGAGAUGGACGGCAAUACUAGGUAAGCAAUUCUGGUGGUGUUCAGAGCCUAGUCCUAGUCUAAUCUCGGGGGUGGAUUUUUCCUCGUGGGGAAGGAGGGCACGGAGUUGGAAAGUGGAAGCUCAGCAGAAUCCGUUAGGACCAAUCGGGCAACUCCCUAGCAUGAAACUGGGCGUUACGUCCCAGGCUACGUAUUUUCCUUUUUUGCCGACAGCUGACCAGAAAAAUCCCAUUUUUUGGGGGGUUUUUCGGAAAAGCAACCCAUGUAUCAAGCAAGUAGCUCAUCCAUGAGCCGUCGAAGCCGGAACACUUUCCCAAGAAGCACCCUGGUGAUCGAAGCAGGCCAUCCCAGCGACCUGUGGGCCCGAUGCGACGAAGGCGAGUGAUAGUACCUGGGGUUUGUCACCUCGUAGUGGACGUUAAACGAUAUAAAUUCUAUAAGAUAAGAUAAGACUGAGAAGUUUUUUAAUAUUGGGAAUUACGUCAUAUAUGCAUUGGGAGCAGCUUUAACAAUGCUUGGCAUUAUUAGCUUGACUGUAUCACUUGCUCCAACUGACUCUUCCAGAGGAUUAGGAGCUGUUAAUAGCUGAAUUUGUGGAUCGCUUUCAGCGAUAACAAGUUAUAUGAUUAUUCUUAUGUUCAGGCACGAUUUAAAUACACAUUAUAUAUCAAUUUAUCAAGGAUUCAUUGCUGGCCAAGUUGCUAUAGCAUCUUCUGCAUUUAAUACGACGCCAUGACAAGCAGGAAUUGUUGGGAUUAUUACAGGAAUUUGAUUUAUUUUGUGGUAUUCAGUAGGAAAUUGGCUGAAAAUUGAUGAUCCAAUUAACAUUGCUGCGACUUUUAUGAUGCCGGCAGGCUUUGGAACAUUUCUCCCUGGGUUUAUAACAGAUUCUUAUGGUUGUUUUUGGCAAGACAGCAAAGGCUAUUUUCUUGCAGCCCAAACAGCAGCUGCUUUAACAGUUUUUCCAUGAGCAUUAGCGUGAGGAGCCAUUAUAUUUGGAUUUCUAAAGCUUUUUGGGCUUUUAAAAUUAGACAACAAACUACAGGUUAAAAUUCUUGAAAAUGAAGAAAACAAGCUUAAAGAUGAAAAUUUAGCAAUUUAA